UGUACAUACACACACACACACACACAGAAACAUGUACACACAUGCACAGAGACACAUGUACACACACACAUACAGACACAUGUAUACACACAUAGACACGCACAUACACAUGUACAUACACGCAGACACAUGUACAGAUACACACAGUGCAUACACACAGACACAUGUACAUGCAUACACAGACACACACAAACACACACACAUGCACACACACACACAUACUCACACGCACACACCCCCUAUAAAAAAUUACAGCACUUCGUUGUUCACGCACAGAGCCGGGUACUGCACUCUAGGGGGAGGCAAAGAGCACAGCACACACUCCUUCCUUGCUUUCUCUGCACUCAGCUAUUGAGCAGUCUGACGGCUCCCAGUGCCAAUGACAGAUCCAGCCUGAGCUCUGAGCCUGCUCAGCAAGAUGGCCCUGGGGGACACACUUGCCCUCACCAUAAUUUCCACUCGCCAUUGGCGAGCAGGCGAGUGGAAAUUUCAAGGCCU